CGCGGCCGGGGCCGCCCCCUGCGAGGGCUCCCGGCUCCCCGCACUGCGCAUGAGCGGGGGAAGGCGGCGGAAGGGCCCGUGAGGAGCCGGGAGCCGCCGCCGCCGGAGGAAGCGUCGCCGCCGCCGCCCUCAGUGUCCGCCCGAGCCGGGAGGGGAGAGGCCCGCACAGCCCCCACCAUGAACAAGUUGAAAUCAUCACAGAAGGAUAAAGUGCGUCAGUUUAUGGUCUUCACACAAUCUAGUGAAAAGACAGCAGUGAGUUGUCUGUCUCAAAAUGACUGGAAGUUAGAUGUUGCAACAGACAACUUUUUCCAAAACCCUGAACUUUAUAUACGAGAGAGUGUUAAAGGAUCACUGGACAGAAAGAAGUUAGAACAACUAUAUAACAGAUACAAAGAUCCUCAAGAUGAAAACAAGAUUGGUAUAGAUGGAAUUCAGCAGUUCUGUGAUGACCUAGCCCUCGACCCAGCCAGCAUCACCGUGCUCAUCAUCGCGUGGAAGUUCCGGGCUGCCACCCAGUGUGAAUUCUCAAAGCUGGAGUUCAUGGAUGGAAUGACUGAGCUGGGAUGUGACAGCAUAGAAAAACUGAAGGCCCAGAUUCCUAAAAUGGAACAAGAAUUAAAAGAGCCAGGAAGAUUUAAGGAUUUUUAUCAAUUUACUUUCAACUUUGCAAAGAACCCAGGACAGAAAGGUUUAGAUUUAGAAAUGGCCAUUGCCUACUGGAAUUUAGUACUUAAUGGAAGAUUUAAAUUUCUAGACUUGUGGAACAAAUUUUUGUUGGAGCAUCAUAAAAGAUCAAUUCCUAAGGAUACCUGGAACCUUCUUCUAGACUUUAGUACAAUGAUAGCAGAUGACAUGUCUAACUAUGAUGAGGAAGGGGCAUGGCCAGUUCUUAUUGAUGACUUUGUGGAAUUUGCACGCCCUCAAAUUGCUGGGACAAAAAGUACGACAGUGUAGCACUAAAGGACCCUUCUAGAGUGUACAUAGUCUGUACAAUACCUGAAAUGGAAAAUUGCACAGUCAAUUUCUGCUGGCUGGACUGAACUGAAGAUCAAUCCUCACAAUAUGGCUGAGGGUUGAGACAAACCUUUAAGGAUACAUCUUGGACCAUAUCAUAUUUCAUUCUUCUACUGGUGGUUUGGGCUUUUCUUCUAGUCUGGACCACUCUUGCCCGUUAAAAUUCCAACACUGUGGAUUUCAUCAUGGAUUUAUUUUUUGUUGGUGGAUCACCCUAGUUUCAUCUCCCAUAAGUCCUAGAAGCUUUAUUAUUAUUUUGAGGUUUCUGAUUUCACAUAAAGCACAACGCUGGUCCAUCAUCAGACAACUGUUGUAUGGCAUCUGAAUCAAAACAAUUUUUAAAAGAACCCUUAAAUACACACUUGGGGCUCGUUGCAAAGACUGUACUGAUAGCACUUCCUGCAAGAGUGAUAUAUUUAAGUGUACUGGGUCCGAGUUUUUUCUUUUCUGGAAAAGUGCAGGUGUCGUCUGAGUUUGAGUCUCCGGUCACAGCAGUGGCAGCAAUGACCCAGGAGCCCCAGGGCUGUUGAUUGGAGGUCUCUGGUGCCUGGCUGAGGCUGGCUGAGGCUCUGCUGCUCUGGGGACAGCUUGGGGACAACACGACUCGAGCACUUCCCCGUGGGCCCCGGCAGAGCCCGCAGUGGGCCGAGCUGUGUCCCCACAGAAGCCAGCGUUCUCUGGGUUACUCUCUAAGAAAUCAGAUUUCAGUACAGUUUUGAAAUGCUUAUCUGUCUGUCAAAGAAAGGUUUUUCAUUUCUGUGGAAAUCAAACACUUGAAUAUACUGAAUUUGUGUCUUAACUGUUUGCUACACAAUACAGUAUUUUAAAUUGAGA